AUCAAUCGAAAUUUUUGUCUCAGUCUCUUCAGCUCAGUUCAUUCACGGUAGACUGCUUCUAAACCCUGUAUACUACCAUAGUCGCACAGCAUGGGUCCCGGUCAAGGAUAUCGUCCCCCACCUUACGGUCUUCCAACUCGUCCAUCUUUGGACACACCAGCUUCAGCUGUUAGUCAAUCUCAACGACAAGGAUUUCCUCAGCCUCAACCAUACAUGCCUCAAACACAGCAGGGCUUUUAUCCAGGAUAUGGAUAUGGAUAUCAACCUAACCUAUCUGGGGGAUAUCCCUCUGGCGGUUUCCACCCCAUGUAUGCGGCGCCAGCGCCAUCGUUUGGUCAGUCCCUCUUUCAAUCGCCUGUAGCUGUCAACCCGGAAGGAUACUCCUAUUCCACGACCUAUCUCUCAAGCCAAUACAACCCACAGGUUUCCGCUCCAAAUCCCCCUAUGAAGCGUCAACGUCCGAACAAUAGUAAUGUCAUGACAGGCGGAGUGUUAAGUGCGAAACCGUGGAGAAAUUGUUCCCACCCUGGCUGUAAAUUUGUGGGGCCUGGAGAUCAAGUGGAGAUUCAUGAGGAAGAUAGACAUUUGAUUUAUGCUCCCGGAAAGGUCCCACAAAGAAGUGAAGAAGAGGAGAGAUUUGCAAAGCGUAAGGGGCCCUUACCCCCUAUACAAGGGACAAAUAUAACACUCAACACACCGGAAGAUAUAGAAAAAUGGAUAGCUGAACGUAAAUCCCGCUGGCCGACUGCCAAGCGUGUACUAGAGAAGGAGGAAGAGCGCCAAGCAGCUAUUGCCCGUGGAGAAGUUCCUGCGAAACAAAGAAAAGGCAAAGGCAGACGCAACGAUCCAGCGAGUCGGGCAGAAGAAUGGGGAAGGGAAGUCAAAGAUGAAGAGGCAGAUAUUCCUCGUGUGUUUGGGGGGGAACGCGGACGAGGAAGAGGACGAGGAAGAGGGAGCGUGCGGGGGAGAGGUGGAAGAGCUGGGAAUGAAGGAAGAAGUGAUGGGGUUGCUCCAGUGCAUUCCAUCGUGCAAACCUCUACCCAAUCUCAAUCAAGGCAAAGUAGUGAAGUCAAUCCUACGGCUGACAGUUUGAUCGGACUUGGUGGUUACGAUACACCCGCCGAAUCGGCUUCUGCAUCAGAUUCCAGUGAUACCGAAUCUUCCACAGAAUCCGAUGUUGGCAGUGACUCGUCCUCAGACUCUUCUUCUGGCUCGGAAGAUGAUCACGCCCAGCUAAAACCCGCCGAGGCUUCAACCUCUUCCCCUGCUACCACCACCACUACCAAACCGUCUAUCUCUACCCUUAGCAAACCGAUCUGCAAGUUCUUCGCCCAGCAAGGAAGAUGCAAAUUUAAUGACCGUUGCCGAUUUGCGCAUAUCGCUCCGGAUGGCUCUUCUGUGGAUACUUCUGCACAGGGUGAAAAUCGAAAGCCAGCACCUCAGCAGGAGAAAAAAAGGCAGCCCCGGCAACCUUCCGCUCGGAAACUUAAUCCUUUCGAACGGCCCAGUAUGCUUGGUGCUUUACUCGCCAACCCCAUCCAAAAUACACUCUCGCAGAUAUCCCAGACCAUCCGUUUCUUGGUCGCUAACGAUAUGCUUCAAAAUGUUGAGAUCCGCCCGGGUCAAGUAGAGGAAGAAGAGAAGGCAAGGAAUAAAGUGGUAUUGUUGGAUGGAUCAUCAAAGGAUAAUAAUGGAGCGACUGAGGAUAAUCUUAAUAUGGAGGGUGGCGAUGAUAUCAUACAAGAGCUGAAAGAGACUGAAGGGGAGUGAAGCUGUCGCACAAGAAAAGAUUAGUGUCGUUUAGGUAAUCAACUGAAAUUCCUAGUUAAAAACCUUGUAAUCACGAGAUUCCACCGUCUUUCAAUCAAAAGGGAAAGAUGAAAAUGUAGUAUGAAUAGCCUG